UUUUUUCUAAAGAAUUAACUCAAUUUUUCUAAAAAGUAGAAAGAUGUUCGUUUAUAAAAGAGAUGGACGAAAAGAACGUGUUGCUUUUGAUAAAAUAACAGCAAGGGUUUCUCGCUUAUGUUAUGGCUUAGAUAUGGAGCAUGUGGAUGCAGCAUCAAUUACUAUGAAGGUCAUUUCUGGUGUAUAUCAGGGUGUAACAACAAUAGAGCUUGAUAACUUAGCAGCAGAAACAGCAGCAUAUAUGACGACGAAGCAUCCUGAUUAUGCUAUUUUGGCAGCACGUAUUGCAAUAUCUAAUCUUCAUAAGCAAACGAAAAAAACAUUUUCUCAUGUUAUUUCAGACUUAUAUCAUUAUGUUAACCCGAAAAAUAAUAAGCCAUCACCUAUGAUUUCUUUAAAAACAUAUGAAACAGUAAUGAAACAUGCAAAUGAACUAGACAGUGCAAUUAUUUAUGAUCGUGAUUUUACAUAUAAUUACUUUGGAUUUAAAACAUUGGAGCGGAGUUAUCUUCUCCGUAUUGAUGGAAGAGUGGCGGAAAGGCCUCAACAUAUGAUAAUGCGUGUUGCGGUCGGUAUUCAUGGAGAUGAUGUUGAAAAAGCCAUUGAAACGUAUAAUCUUAUGUCAGCGAAAUAUAUGACUCAUGCUUCUCCUACAUUGUUUAAUGCAGGAACCCCGAAUCCCCAGCUUUCAUCCUGCUUCCUAGUAACAAUGAAGGAAGAUUCCAUUGAAGGGAUUUAUGAUACGCUCAAAACAUGUGCCAUGAUUAGUAAAACAGCAGGUGGAAUUGGAUUAAAUGUUCACUGUAUUCGUGCUACAGGAAGCUAUAUUUCUGGGACUAAUGGUACAUCUAAUGGUAUUAUUCCUAUGCUCAGAGUAUUUAAUAAUACUGCUCGAUAUGUCGAUCAAGGGGGGAACAAACGCCCUGGCGCAUUUGCUAUUUAUAUAGAGCCCUGGCAUGCUGAUAUAUUCGGCUUUCUGGAUCUUCGUAAGAAUCACGGUAAAGAAGAAGUUCGUGCAAGAGAUCUUUUUUAUGGUUUAUGGAUACCCGACUUGUUUAUGAAACGUGUAGAAGCAAAUCAAGAUUGGAGUCUAUUUUGCCCUAAUGAAGCGCCUGGUCUGGAUGAUGUUUAUGGAACGGAAUUUGACGCUUUAUAUGAAAGAUAUGAGCAGGAAAAACGAGCAACUCGAGUUGUCAAAGCACAGAAAUUAUGGUAUGCAAUCUUAGAGUCUCAAAUAGAAACAGGUAAUCCUUUUAUGCUCUACAAAGAUGCUUGUAACCGUAAAUCAAAUCAAAAAAAUCUUGGGACAAUUAAAUGUUCCAAUCUAUGCACAGAAAUUAUUGAGUAUUCUUCUCCUGAUGAAGUAGCAGUUUGCAAUAUUGCAAGUGUUGCAUUACCAACUUUUGUUGAUAAAAAUACCUAUGAUUUUCAAAAAUUACAUGAUGUUACAAAGGUUGUCGCAAGAAAUUUAAACAAAAUUAUUGAUGUUAAUUAUUAUCCUGUUGAGGAAGCUAGACGAUCGAACAAAAGACAUCGCCCUAUAGGCAUUGGCGUUCAAGGGCUUGCGGAUGCUUUCUUGGCUCUUAGGAUGCCAUUUGAUUCGCCUCAAGCAAGAGAGCUCAAUAUUAAGAUAUUUGAAACAAUAUAUCAUGCUGCUUUAGAAGCAUCGUGUGAAAUGGCACAAGAAGAAGGUCCAUAUGAGACAUACGAAGGAUCCCCUGCAUCUCAGGGUAUUUUACAAUAUGAUAUGUGGAAUGUAAUUCCUACAGACUUAUGGGAUUGGGAAAAAUUAAAAUCCAAUAUCGCACAAUAUGGUCUUCGCAAUUCUCUUCUCGUAGCACCAAUGCCUACUGCGAGUACGUCUCAAAUUCUUGGUUUUAAUGAAUGCUUUGAACCUUAUACCAGUAAUAUAUAUUCUCGACGAGUUCUUGCAGGAGAAUUUCAAGUGGUAAAUCCAUGGUUGCUUAAGGAUUUAGUUGAUUUGGGAUUAUGGAAUGAUAAUAUGAGAAACAGAAUUAUUGCAAAUAAUGGUUCCAUUCAAAAUAUACCCAAUAUUCCACCAGAUAUUAAAGCAUUAUAUAAAACUGUUUGGGAGCUAUCUCAAAAGACUAUUAUUGAUUAUGCAGCUGAUCGUGGAGCAUUUAUUGAUCAAAGUCAGAGUUUAAACAUCCAUAUUUGUGAUCCAUCUUUUGGGAAAAUUACUGGUAUGCAUUUUUGGGGAUGGAGAAAAGGGUUAAAAACUGGAAUGUACUAUCUUCGAACACAAGCAGCAAGUGCGCCAAUUCAGUUCACCGUGGAUCGUAAGGCUCUUGAGGAAGUUGAUGAGACAACUUCUAAAAAGCUUUCAUCUACUUUAAAACAUGCAGCUAAUGUAAAUCCUUUGGUUGAGUCAUUAGAAAAGGAGACUCGCUCUGAAGAUAUAGCAUCUAAUGGUCAAAAUAUAAAGAAAAUAGAUAAAUUACAUAAGGAAAAUAUAAAAAUGAAACAAUAUGAAGAAUCUGAAAAUGACAUAUAUAGUGAAAGGACAAUUUCCUGCUCUAUUCAAAACCCGGAAUCUUGCGAAAUGUGUUCUGCAUAGUUUCCAAUAAUAUGCUA